UCUUUCAGACAGAGCGGUGUUUGGAAAUAACGUUACUUCCGCAUUGUCCGAUUCCAGUGGAAAUAUAUUGGACUGUCGCAAAUCUGUUUUUUAACGGCUUGUACUGGUGUCCUUUCUGUAAAGGCAAGAUGACACCAUUUUCUAAAAACACACUUUCUGGCUCGCUCUGGAUAACAGUUGUAAUCUGUUUUGGUUCUCUUUGUGAUGGUGGCAAAAUCUUGGUGGUACCUUUGGAGGGAAGUCACUGGGUGAAUAUGGAAGUCCUCAUCAAGGCUUUACAUGAUCAAGGGCACAGCGUUGAUGUAAUACGCACAUACAACAGCUGGUUUGUAAAGGAGAACUCAACUUAUUACAGCCCUAUAACCAUACCUAACACCAAAGGAAUGGAUGAAGAAUUUGUAGAAGACAUGCUCAACAAAGUAAUAAACUAUGAAAGAGGAAAGAACAAUUGGCUAAGCGGUGUAUGGCUGCAUUUGGAUUUGAUUCAUGUCAUUUAUAAAACCCAUGAAAUGAUAUGUCAGCUCAUAAUAAACAUAUUUGAAAGUGAGGAAAUUCUGACAACACUGAAAGAAAAACAGUAUGAUCUGGUGCUCACUGACCCGGUGUGGGGUGCAGGAAUUCUCCUGGCUCAUAAACUCAAGUUACCCAUGGUAUAUAAUGUGAGAUGGAGUGCUACUGGAGAAGGACACUUUGACAUCGCUCCCUCACCAUUGUCCUACAUCCCUAUCACAGGAUCUAGAUACACAGAUAAAAUGAACUUUUUUCAAAGAGUAAAAAAUGUUUAUUUCUAUUUUCUAAUGUACAUUAUGUACACCCAUUUUAAUGUGCCACAGUACCAAGCAGUCUGUGACAAAUAUUUCCACCCACCUGUACGUUUUUAUGAACUUCUCCAGGGGGCUGAUAUAUGGCUUAUGAGGGUUGAUUUUGUCUUUGAAUUUCCACGUCCAACAAUGCCAAAUAUCAUCUACAUUGGUGGCUUCCAGUGCAAACCAGCGAAGGCCCUUCCACAUGACCUGGAAGUCUUCAUGCAAAGUUCUGGAGAGCAUGGAGUUGUUAUAAUGUCUUUAGGAUCAUUUAUCAGUUUCCUGCCAGAUGAGGUAACAGCGGAAAUAGCAGCCGCUUUUGCUCAGCUCCCUCAAAAGGUUAUUUGGAGAUACACUGGAAAAAGACCAUCUACUUUGGGCAACAACACAUUACUGGUUGACUGGAUGCCACAGAACGAUCUUCUAGGCCAUCCAAAGACUAAACUUUUUAUUGCACAUGGUGGAACCAAUGGGGUUCAAGAGGCUUUGUAUCACGGUGUUCCAGUGGUUGGAAUUCCACUGUUUUUUGACCAGUAUGACAAUCUUCUUCGAUUACAAAAUAGGGGAGGAGCCAAGAUCAUUCCCAUCGCAACUUUAGAUCAAAACACACUGCAUGUAGCCAUACAGGAAUUAAUCAAUUAUCCAUCCUACAGACUGAAUAUGCAGAGACUGUCUCAUCUGCACAGAGAUACUCCAGUUAAACCUUUGGACAGUGCCCUCUUCUGGAUUGAGUUUGUAAUGAGACACAAAGGUGCUGCUCACCUUCGUUCAGAAUCCUACAAACUGCCUUGGUACUCCUAUUACUCAGUAGAUGUUGCGGUUACAUUGUUCGCAGUUGUUUUGAUAUUCACUCUCUCCAUAUUUUUAACAGUUAGAUAUCUGUGUUUCAAGUGCUGCAGCAGAAAAAGGAAAACUGAGUGAUACAUUUUUAUAUGAACCAGAUCACUUACAUUAAAAAAAUGUUUUGAUUGUUUUUAUUCUGUUAAAUGUGUAAUGGGAAGGAAAUAUUAAACAUAUGUAUAUUUUAAAAUGUUUGUUUUUCAUUGAAAUUGCAUUCAAAUUUGUCAGUUGCCAUACAUUUAAUGGAGUAAUAAAUAUUGAA